AGGAAGCGAGGAGGGCCACCGCCCAAGGCUUACGGGGCGCCCUCAUGUCGCAACCGGCGGCUGCUGCCGCCGCCGAGGGACCCAUCCUUCCCUCGCCUGCUCCUCCUCCUCCUCCUCCUCCUCUUCUUCUUCGGCGUCUGCUGCUGCUGCUCUUCUUCGGCCAACUACUCCCGUCGCAGGCAGGCGCCGCUCGCUAUGAUCCCACCUGGCAGUCGCUCGAUUCCAGGCCGCUCCCCGACUGGUUUGAUGAAGCCAAGUUUGGCAUUUUUAUCCACUGGGGCGUGUUCUCGGUGCCCAGCUUCGGCAGCGAGUGGUUUUGGUGGUAUUGGAAGAAAGAAAAGAGAGAACCUUAUGUAACAUUCAUGAAGAGAAACUACCCUCCUGGAUUCAGUUAUGAGGAUUUUGGCCCAUUGUUUACAGCUGAGUUUUUUGAUGCCAACCAGUGGGCAGACAUUUUGAACAGUUCAGGUGCCAAAUAUGUUGUCUUGACUUCAAAACACCAUGAAGGUUUUACUCUGUGGGGAUCAAAAUAUUCUUGGGCUUGGAAUGCUGUUGAUGUAGGUCCAAAACGGGACAUUGUGGAUGAGUUGGCAACAUCCAUACGAAAGACAACUGGCUUACACUUUGGGCUGUACCACUCACUGUUUGAAUGGUUCAACCCUCUCUUCCUUGAUGAUGCUGCCAGUGUAUUCACAAAAAAACAAUUUCCAAAUGCCAAGUCACUCCCAGAGCUAUACGAGAUUGUGAACCAGUACCAUCCAGAGAUUCUCUGGUCAGAUGGAGAUGCAAGAGCCCCAGAUACCUAUUGGAACAGCACAGGCUUCCUAGCUUGGCUUUAUAAUGACAGCCCUGUUCGGGAUACAGUUGUAACAAACGAUCGCUGGGGAGCUGGCUGUAUUUGUAAACAUGGUGGAUUUUACACUUGUGCUGAUCGAUAUAACCCAGGACACCUUUUGCCACAUAAGUGGGAAAACUGUAUGACAAUCGACCAAAAGUCAUGGGGAUACCGGAGGAACGCACAAUUGAGCGAUUACCUGACCAUUGAGGAGCUUGUAAAGCAACUUGUAGAAACGGUUUCAUGUGGGGGAAAUCUCUUGAUGAACAUUGGGCCCACGCAUGAUGGUCGCAUUCCUGUUAUUUUUGAAGAGCGCCUGAAGCAAAUGGGGGCUUGGCUGGCAGUGAAUGGGGAAGCCAUUUUCAGCACCAAACCUUGGAGAGCCCAGAAUGACAGUGCCACACCAGGAGUAUGGUACACAUUCAAACCAAAAGAAGACAUUUUGUAUGCCAUUUUCCUUAACUGGCCAUCUUCAGGAACUGUAGUGCUUGGUGAACCAAAAGGAAUUAGUGGGAAGACAACGGUGACGCUGAUAGGAUACGCAGAACCAUUGCCAUGGAUUUCUUUGGGAGAAAAGGGAAUGCGGGUGGCUACACCUCAGUUACCAUUUAGUAAAUUUCCGUAUCAGUGGGGCUGGACUCUGCAACUAACUAAUGUGCAAUAGUGACAGACAUGCCUGUCUUUUGAAUUCCCACCAUAGUAUUUUUGUGGAUAAUUGGAGCUAAGUCCCCAUGGGGUUAUUUGGAGGCAUGGGGAAAGAUUUCAUGCAUCGGUCUUGUUCCUUAUUCAGCUUUUCUACCAUCUUUUGAAACGAGGUGCUGUGAAAAUACAUGUAACACUCACCAAGACUGGGCAGGAAAUACAAAGUGAUCUUAGAAAUAAGAUGUAUAGCGAUCUUAGAGGCUCACAGAAGCCGAAAUACAAUGUUAGCGAUCUUAGAGGCUCACAGAAGCCAGACUAAGCAGAAAAGUUAAAGUCUACAUGCAUAAUGUUAGGAUUGCAGCUUGGGGGAGCUUUACAGGUGGAAUUUUUUGGGGUACAGCUUCUCCCCCUACCCCCCACAUCUUAAAACAAACAUAAUACACUGAAUUUUGUCUGAAAUUGAUUUAUAGUCACAGUGUGUGUGUGUGUGUGUUUUUAAACAAAUAUGAAGCCCUGAUCUAGGCAAAGUUACAUAUGACUAACAAUACAGUCCUAUCCUUGUCUAUACAGAGGUCUCAUUGAGCUCAGUGGCAUUUCUUUCCAGGUAACUCUGUUUCGGAUUGUAGCUUUAGUCCUACUUAAAGCAAUGAGACUUAAUUACAAUAAAUUUAACUUAUUCUGUUCAUUGCAAUGGGACUAACUCAUGACCAACUUUAACUGGGUUGGAGACAUAAUGUUUACUCGGUCUUUAUUACCUACCUCAUUUUUAAUCCAUUCCAGUUUAAUGGAUUUAAUGCCAUAUAUGG